UAUGUCGCAUUUGGAACACAGAUAACAUUGACGAAGCAACAAAUGGAGGCAGUCGCUUCAGCGUUAGAAGAAAGUAUGGUUCGUUUCAUUUGGGUUGUAAAGGAACCAAUGAAAGGACUGGGAAUUGUUGAUGAUGAUGAUCGAAACGUGGUUCCACCAGGGUUCGAAGAUCGUGUUGCAGAGAGGGGUGUUGUGAUCAAAGGCUGGGCACCCCAGUUGGCUAUCCUUGGCCACCCUGCGGUUGGUUCGUAUUUGACUCAUUGUGGGUGGAAUUCUGCACUUGAAGGCAUCCUUGCCGAGGUUCUCUUGCUUGCAUGGCCCAUGCAAGCUGAUCAUUUCCAUAAUACCGCGCUGUUGGUUGAUGAGUUAGGAGUUGCGGUUCGAGUUUGUGAGGGUUUAGAGACUGUCCCUGAUGCAUCCAAACUGGCUCGAGCCUUGUCUGGUUCCUUGACCAUGAACCUGCCUGAGAGGAUUCGGACCAAGAAGUUAAGGAAGACUGCACUGGACUCCAUUAGAGAAGGUGGAAGUUCUUAUAAGGCUUUAGAUGGCUUUGUGGAACAACUAUCUUCUCUCAGUGUAAUGAAUAGGGAGGAAAAGUAAUAAGAUGAACCCAGGAACUGUGAACUUUAAUUAAAUAAAAAAUUUCCACCAUAUAUGUUGUUUUUAUAUUGAAAAAAAAAGAGUGUAAAUUGUUGAUUGAGUAUUAGUUCGACGUAA